AUGGCUUUCAUGACUUACCCUGACGGUAAUUCGGCGCUGGAGAUGCAACGCAUCGUGGACCUGGAUAAGAUCGAAGGAAUUAUCCGGCCGCUGGGUCCGAUCUUAGUGAAACUCUACUUCAACAUUGUGCAUCCUACGUUCCCGAUUCUGCACAAAGAUACCUUCCUUGACAAGUAUGCGCGAUCUUAUCACGAGUUUUCUCCUCCACUUCUAGCUGGGGUAUAUCUUAUAGCCCUCAACUGA